CCGACGCUGACAUUCACAACAUGGCGCUGACAGUUGCGAAAUGUGGCAACACUAACGCCUGUGUUAUAACAUACGUCUCGCUGCCAACUUCACGCAGGAACUUCAACAGCUUACCGCAGGAUGAUGAUGCAACGUACUCAGCUCUUGUUGCCACUGGCUGUUGAAGCCACGAUUGUGGCCCAACAACAGCGUGGCAUGGCCACAUUGAAGGCCAUCUCUAUUCGCCUCAAAUCCGUGAAGAACAUUCAGAAAAUUACGCAAUCAAUGAAGAUGGUGUCCGCCGCUAAAUACGCUCGUGCCGAGCGUGACUUGAAGGCAGCGCGUCCCUACGGCGUUGGUGCUCAGCAGUUCUUCGAGAAGACCGAACUCGCCGCCGAUGGCGCCGCUGAGCCCAAGAAACUCCUCAUCGCCGUCACAUCCGAUCGUGGUCUGUGCGGUGCUGUUCACACCGGUGUUGCCCGUCAAAUUCGCGGUGAACUGCAGCAGGAUGAUGUGAACACCAAGGUGUUCUGCGUCGGCGACAAGUCGCGCUCCAUUCUGGCCCGUCUCUAUGGCAAGAACAUCCUGAUGGUGGCCAAUGAAGUGGGCCGUCUGCCACCCACUUUCCUCGAUGCCUCCAAGAUUGCACAUGAAGUGCUGUCGACUGGUUACGAAUACACCGAGGGCAAGAUCGUGUACAACAGAUUCAAGUCUGUGGUGUCAUAUCAGUGCUCUUCGUUGCCCAUCUACAGCGGCCCAACUGUGGAGAAGUCGGAGAAGUUGUCGGUUUACGACUCCAUCGACAGCGAUGUGAUCAAGAGCUAUCUGGAGUUCUCUCUGGCUUCGCUCAUCUUUUACACCAUGAAGGAGGGUGCUUGCUCCGAGCAAUCCUCUCGCAUGACUGCCAUGGACAACGCUUCUAAGAAUGCCGGCGAGAUGAUUGAGAAGCUAACGCUUACAUUCAACCGCACCCGACAGGCUGUCAUCACCCGCGAGCUGAUUGAAAUCAUCUCCGGUGCCGCUGCUCUGACAUAAGAAGUGUGUCUAAGAAACACUCCAAAAGGUUCGCAGACGCAGCUUCAAACAAACAGCAACACCAACCAAGCGAUUUCUUUUUAAAACGAUUCGAAAACGCCAGAGCUGCGUAUUUAAUAUGAUUAAUUAUAAUUAUCUGAAACAUAUACCCAGAAUAAAUAGCGUGGAACGAAUUAACUGAA